AAGGAACUGGAGAAUGCUGCAUUUACCAGCCGCCCUGCAGCCCUCGCGAAUCUUCCAGGAUAAAUUGCAGGCUCUGCUGGGCUGCGCACACCUCCGGGUGGUGCCUGUGGAUGGCUGCACCAUGGCAUCAGGAAGUGACUCAAAACAAUCUACAGAUUCCAUUGAGGAUGGGGAUGCAGAUGUGUUGUUUCUCUCAGUCCAGGAGAUUUUGAAAGCAGCAGUAAUGGUCAAUGCAGAUGUGCUGACAGAGACCUUUCAACUUUUGAUGGAGGCAGCAAAGGAGCAUGGGACCACCCUGCCUGGGCUGGUUCCUGAUGGCCUGUACCUCCCUGCACCUCCGUUAUAUUGUCCUCAACCUGCUAUUGACACAGAGGGAACAUAG